AGUCCAAAUGUUCGGUGGGAAGAUGUAGCAGGUCCUGGAAACUGCCAAAGAUUCUCUCAAAGAAGCAGUGAUCUUACCAGAAAGAGAAAGCCUUGGAAGGGAAUUCUGCUUUUUGGGCCACCUGGAACUGGUAAAUCAUUUUUGGCCAAGGCUGUGGCUACUGAAGCAAACAACUCCAAGUUUUUUACAGUAUCUUCAGCUGAUCUGAUGUCAAAAUGGUUAGGAGAGAGUGAAAAAUUAGUCAAAACCUUGUUUAAGCUGGCUAGGGAGUACAAGCCAGCAAUCAUUUUCAUUGACGAGGUGGACGCUCUGUGUGGAUCCAGAAAUGACAAUGAGUCUGAGUCAGCGAGACGCAUUAAAACAGAGUUUUUGGUUCAGAUGCAAGGAGUUGGAAAUGACAAUGAUGGUGUCCUUGGUGCUGGGAGCAACAAAUAUUCCCUGGGCUCUGGAUGCGGCCAUCCGAAGAAGGUGACAGUCUUUCAAUUUGAAAAGAGAAUAUAUAUCCCACUGCCUGAGGCUCCUGCUAGGACAGAGAUGUUCAAGCUACAUCUGGGCGCCACACCCCAUUCUCUCACCGAGCAAGACUUCAGGGAACUAGGACUAAGAACUGAAGGCUACUCUGGUGCAGAUAUCAGUGUUGUGGUGAGAGAAGCACUGAUGCAGCCGGUCAGGAAAGUUCAGACGGCCACACAUUUCAGAAAGGUCCGCGGCCCUUCUAGAGAAGACCCAAACAAAAUUAUAGACGACCUGUUAACUCCAUGCUCCCCAGGGGCCCCUGGAGCAAUAGAAAUGAAUUGGAUGGAUGUGCCUGGAGAUAAACUCAUGGAACCUAUUAUUUCUAUGUCUGACAUGUUGAUGGCCAUCAGUAAUUCAAAGCCAACUGUCAAUGAGGAGGAUCUAAAAAAACUGCAGAAAUUCACUGAGGAUUUUGGCAUUGAAGGCUGA